CUGCUGGGAAAUAAAACGCACCAUCUUCACAAAAGUAGUGAGCAGUUUGAAGCUAGAAGUGUUCAGAAACAUCCUGGUAGAUGACAGCGUUGACUUUUAACCAAAUAAAACACAGGAAAUCAACAGAUACAGUUGAAAAAAAUGUUCAUGAAACUGAACAACUGAAACUUUGUCUUGAUCAGUCUCAAGCAGCUUUCUUCCUCCAGAUUCCGAGAUAUUGAUUUAAAACAACCAAAACUUACAGAUUUUACAUGGAUCUUACAAAAAAAAAAAACUGAACAAAUGACAUAUCGUCAGGAUAUUUUUGUCCGCAGCCCAAGUCUGACCUUUUUGUUUCAAAAGAGACCAAUCAGAAGGAAAUCUGAAACCCACUUGAAAUAUUGUGCAUGGCAGCCAGGAAUCACAGGCAGCCCACCUUUAAUCUCCACAUCAUUUUGAAUUUGAUUUAGCUUUUCUCUCCAUGAAUUUGUGUAUAAGAUUUUAAUGAAAAUCUAAAAUCUAUCCUUUAGGAAAAGUUGUAUUUUAUGAAUCCCAUACUAACAUAUAUGUAUGUAUUCUAUCCAAUAGGUCAUCUUAAUAAUAAAACAUCAGCACACUGAACCUCUGAAGUGGGAACAGGACGUUCAGAUGCAAUGAUGUAAGAAACAUAAAGUUAUUGUGAAAACCAGUCGGAAAACUCUGCCUUUGCUGCCAUCUAGUGGUGAAAUGUGGGAAACAUAAAGUCAACAAAACAAAAAUCUCUGAGGAUUGAAGUCUUAAAUCGACAAAGCAUGUAAUCCCAGUUAUACACGGAUAGAAAAACGUUAGUUGGGAAGGGAAAAACAUUCUGAAACUGCGUGGUGGACUGCAGAUUGAACGUUUAUGCUGUAUUGUGUUAAUCUGUUCCUAAAAAAAUAAAACAGGGAUCUGGUCUUAAAAUGACCAAAUAACCGAAUGUGACUGAAGAUAUUAAACUUAUGGUUGCUCAAAUUUUCAGCAAAUACAAACACUUCAAAGAUCAGAUCUGAAUCGGCUUCAAAUGAUUGAUUACAGAGGCAGUUCAAGCUAUUUUAAUGCAGAUCACGUGGGUGGAUUUCUGCUCGUUUUGUCGUCUGUGUGGCAUCUGAAGUGAAUGAGAAACCGGAAUGCCUCUUUUUCUCCCUGAUUUUUAGAGUAACAUCCUGCUGAUUUAUUCCACUCCAUGGCGCGCUGCUCUGCAGAGAGCUCUCAUAAAGGCGCAGAUGAGGCUUUGCUCGGCGCCUGCCUGCAGCUAUAAUUUUCCUGUGAAUGAAAAGAAGGCAUUUAUGAAGCCUCUCCUGGCGGUUAUUCCCCAUUCACGCUUCUUCAUAUUUGUGACUUUUAAUUCAAAAAUGUGAGAGUCGAAUUCAUCUUACACUCUUGAAACAGAUGGAGAAACGGUUAAUUUGAGGUUACUUUGGAUGCAGUUACAUCCAAAGAUUAUACAAAUUUAAGAAAAAUAGAAAGUAUAAAAACAGUUAGAUGUUUGUUUGGCCAUCCAAACAUAAAAUCAUCUUUUCAGCAACAGGUAUGGGGAGCAUAAUUCAUAAUCGUGGAUUUGGAAUAACACGAAGUCAAUGUAUUCAUUUUGCUCCUGCAAAGCAUCACUCCCCCCGCUGCCUGUCGUCUCCCUGAAGCCAGACACCCCAAAUGUUAUGAGCCCCUGGAACCUCUGGAAGAGCAGACGUAUCUGGGAGCAGCGGUGGUUGGCACAGCCUAUGGGACACAGCAGAUCGGGGAGGGACCUGAGUGGAGAGAGGACAGGACUUCAGACGGAGCGCAUCGUGGAGAACAGCAGACCUCAAAAGCAAGAUGAAUUCGUUGGUCCUCCUGGCACUUUUGGCCUCGGUCGUUGCGGGAAAGGCGCCCAGGCUGAAAUUUGUGGUGCACGGGCCCCCCAGGUUCCACUUCAGCAGACCUGAGAACUACAUCAGCAUGUACCACCAGGAGGGGAGCGACACUCUGUAUGUGGGGGGCCGAGCAGUCAUCUAUGCGUUGAAGUUCACCAACAGAGGAGUCUUUGACGUGCAGAUUCCUGUGGCGUCUGAUCAGACUGCGAUUGACACCUGCAGGGCAAAGGCUGCACCUGUAGAGCUGGAGUGUGAUAAUUUCAUCACCGUCCUUCAGAAAGUGAAUGACACAUUCAUUGUCUGUGGAACAAAUGCAGGAAGCCCAAGGUGCUGGAUGCUGGUUAAUGACACCGUGCUCACAGAUGUCCAGGGAGGCCACAUAGCGUCUGCCUCGGACAUCUCACCGCCUUAUCCCUCACAGAAGUUCAUCAGCUUGCCUGCAGAUGGGAGUCUGUAUUCUGCUAUGUCGGUGGCUGGAGGUCAAAGUGGUUCAAUUCGGCGUACGUUUGGCCCCCAGAAACUCCUGAAGACCGAGAACGUUUGGCUGCUAAAUCCUCAGUUUGCAGGUGCAGCCAUAAUCCCAUCUUCAGAAAAGUACAAGGAGGAGAUCUACUUUUUCUUCAGUGAGUUCAACCAAUCAGCCAAGAUGGAUGAAGAGCCGUUCCGAGCGCGCAUAGGCCGAGUCUGCACGGUGGACGAAGGCGGCAUUAUGCAACUACUACCGAACUCUUGGACAACCUUCAUGAAGGCACGUGUGAUGUGUGGUGCAGGAAACACUCAACAGCAGUACAACAAUUUAAAGCAGGCGGCGGUGGUGACAGCCCAGGAGCAGAGGGCUGGUAUCAUGUAUGGCCUUUUUUCCAACGCCUGGGGAAAAAAAGUGAUUUGUGCCUACUCCAUUGAAGACAUCAACAAAGCCUUCUCCACCUCUCGAUUGAAAGGCUAUAGCAGUCCAUUGUCAGGCAAUCGCCCCGGAAUGUGUGCCCGCAAAGGAAGCAUCUCAGAGCAAAAUCUGAUCAAAAACCUCGGGGUGAUCAGAUACAACCCGGAAAUUGAGGACGUGAUUCGGCCUGUUGGCGUGGCUCCACUUGACCUCCCGACUGAUGACGAAAUCACGCACACGCUGGCGGACAUUACCCUCGCUGUCAACGAUGAGCACUACACUGUCCUGUACCUGGGAACAGAACAGGGCAAAGUUCUCAAAGCUAUUCACACCAACCAAGAGGUUUUCAUCAUUUCUCAGUACUCGCUGUUUCACAACGAGGGGCCUGUUCUCAACAUGGCUAUUGACUCCCAAAAGGGACACUUGUAUGUUGGAACAGCCAUGGAGAUUCAGCGGUUGCCACUGGCUGACUGCAGUCGCUAUGGUGACACAUGCAGGGAUUGCAUCCUUUCCCGGGAUCCGUACUGUGGCUGGGACAAAGCCAGGAGAAAGUGUGUCACCAUUCCGCCCGGAUACAACACGACGUAUGGAACACUCCUACAGAAUCUGGACCAAUCCAACUCCUCCGUUUGUGGGGAAGCUGCUGCUCUAAAGCAGCGUCGAACUUCGCCCAAGGAGGUUGUGAUCCAGUCUAACACCUCCGUGUUUCUGCCCUGCCCUGUGCGCUCCUUUCACGCCUUCUACCGCUGGGAGAAGGACAACUGCAUCAAGAACUACCCUUGCCUUUUCUCAGGAGACUUCUGUGUCCUGGGGCCUCUGGUUGACACACCCCUGAAGGAAGGUGUCUUCCGCUGCAUGGCCACUGAAGAUGGCUUCAAGGUGGAGGUCAUCUCCUUUCGACUGGUGAACGACGGCAGGCUUUUGUCCGCCUCCAUUGCCUCCACCUUCGGGCUUUCCCUGCUGCUCGCCGUGGCUACCUUAUGGCUUCAUUAACCACAGCUAACACUAACGCAAACUCCCCGUUCAUUGACGGCUCCCUCUGACAGGAGCCACUGUGUGGAGGUCAGGUUCGCAUAGCAUUGAUGUAGAUGGUUGGGUUUUACAGGGACAUUUCACCUUUUCUAUUUGGGUUUUUAGAGAAAGUCACCUGAACAAGGGAGUAAAAAAUUUAUAUUUUUAGCUUAGCAGCGUAUCUGCAGCCGCAGCUGUCUUAAUUAGGUAAAAACUGUUCUAAUUCACACAUUUACACUAAAAAUGUAACUAGGAGGUUUUGUUUGUGAAUUGUCGUCUUUAAGUCAUGACUUGAUUCAACCAUAAUUAGGUGCUUUGCGAACCCUUCCUCUCAAAAUAAGAAAACAAAAAGACAUAUCUGAUGACUUGGGCUACAAAACAAUUCCAGGCCAAUUGUUUUUAAUACUACUUCUUUCUAAAUUGAGUUGAUUGUGCUUCUUUGUGGAUAUAUAUUCUUAGUAAUGCGCUACAUUCAUCCCCGUUAUAUCUCAUCGUUAUAGCUCAGUAACUUAGAGAAAAUGUCUGGUAUUGAGAUUUACAAAGCCUUAACACUUCUGGAACAUAAACUCCUAAGCACAAUUUUGCAGUUGAAGCAGACUACUGCAGACGGGGCUGGACUUGGAGCUGUGAGAUUAAUGCAGCUGAGUCCAGCAACAUGGCUGGGAGGAAGUGUCAGCUAAUUGACAGGCUGAUGAACAUCACUGUGUCCCAUCACCUCUUUUCAAGAAUAAGCAGUUUCUUGCCUAUUUUUUAGCAGAUUGAAUUGGGAUUUUUGCUGCUGUUUUCAGUUUUUCUUUUGACGUGCCAUCAUCCCUCCUUUUCCAGAGCACGUACCAGACCCUCUGAGAAUCUUAGUCCAGAUUACGCUUUGAACUGUUCUCUUUUUGUUUAGGUGGGCUGGUGGCAUGUGUUACAUGAUACAAAGGAAACUCUGCUUUUUUGAGCCAGAAGUCACAAACAAGGUGCUGUGCUCUAAUGAAAGAAUAAUCACAGUACCACCGGGCUACAUGAAACCACAUUUUGUAGUUUUCCCUGGCAAAGAAAUAUAUUAUUAGAUAGCUGGAGUAUGUUGUGGAUGUUGUUGCUCUGCAGGUGCUGACUUCUGUCGUUGCGUCCGCAUUUGUGAUCAUUUGUCUUGAUGGGUUAUGACAUUGAUUUGCCAUAGUUUGAAUGUAUUGUGUAUUUUUGCCUGUUUUGACUUUCCUGGGCUACAUCAGCAUGAACAGACAACUGCUGCAUUUUUCUACCCCUUUGUUCUGUAAAGCAAAAAAGAAAAAAAAACCUUAAAUAAAUUCAAACGGGAAGCUUCAUCAUAUUUGCAUUUAUCCAUUUAGAGGGCUUGAAACAGAGAGGAAAGGCCUCACAUUAAUGCCUGGUACCCAUCUGCAUCCACAAGCUGCACUGGGAUUGCUUGAUUUGAAACUGAAUGUCACCCAACUAACAUGCCUUUAGCAUAAUCCUUUAAUUUGAUCAGAAAUGAGAUACACCUGAAAAAUAAAAGACAUAAUAUAAGGAUGACAAAAGGAAGCUGAAAAAUCCAGAAUGCAGAGCAAAGCAGAACUGGAGGGAUGAAUUAGACGGUGGAUUAGCCUUUUCCUCUAGAGCUUUGAGAAUUAUCAUUUCCUAAUGGUACAUAAAUCUGUCUGAGAUGAGCUUUCCACAGUGGCAGAAUUGUCAUUAAUGGAUAAUGAGAUGACAGAACUGGUUUGCGUUGUAUUGUAUUUAAGAAUUUAAUUCACACGGUGAGGAAUGGGGGUGUGAGCUCCCGCAGGAGACAUGUGACACUAUGCCUUUUGCUUAGUUUUCCUGUUUUCUGGGCUAUUUGCUGCACCACAAGAAACAGUGUAAAUGUUUUUUUGGGAGAUUUAACUCUCCAAGACUUUUUAUCUCUUUAUCUCUGUAAGACUCUUCACCAUUAUUACAUGCAUCUUCUUUUACAUAUACGCACAUGCAGUUUCAGCAGAUUUACAGGAGAUCUGUAAGUCUUUUAAUCACAAUUUCUUCAUUCAAAUUCUGUGAUCACAUGGGCAUCAAGAGCAGGACUUUGCUAAGCUUCUUAGUCUUCGCUUUUUAAACAAAUUCACAGAAAACUAAAAUAAAAGAAAACAUCUGUGUUGACUUUGUUGCUAAGUCCGAGCAGUUGUGCAGAUAUUAGUGAAGGAUAUUGGCGAUUUAAACCUAUUGCUUUGAUAGAUUAUCCUUGCAAGCAUACUAACCUGACCUUGGCUAAUUUAAACUGUAAUUGGCUAAAAAUUAUUGUCAUUGAUUUAUAAUAAUUAGCUUCUACCAAAGUUUCCCUUUGGAUGGAAAAUAUUACAUUUAUUUGUGAAAAGUGUUAUUUUAAUGUGUUAAAACAACUUUGAAAAUGCUCAUAAUCAGUCUAAGGCUGUUUUUCACUUGAAAAUCAGCAGCCUUUCUAAGCCCCCACCUUCAAUACCCAGACUUUAAGCAAACCAGGAAGUCGCUAAUGUUGUAGUUCCCCCCAAAGACCACUAGAGGCUGGUUUAAAGGGGAUCCUUUUUCUUUUAUUUUGUUAAAAUAUUUAGUUAACUCAAAUUAUUAUCAUCAAGAGUCUGGUGACAAAAACCUGUACGAUUAUUUUUUUCGGGAGAUUUUUUGAACAACAACAAAAACAGAUUUUUUAUUUUUUUUAUUUUUUUUGCUAUUUUAAUUUUAUUAGAGGUCAAAUUUGUGCUUUGCUUAGUUGCUACAUUACGAUUUUCAAGUUGAUUAAACAUUCUCACAAGCCUUUAUGACCUGAAAUGACAGAAUUCUUAGUUUUUGGUCAUGUUGAACCUCAGUGUGACAAAAUAAAAAGCAACUUUAGCUUGAACAAUACAAUAAAAAGCAAAUUUUAUUUCUUGUUUAGGUCAUUGUACAUGCUUCUUUUUUUGUCAUGUAAUUUUUGUUUUAAUCCAUUCUGAAAAGCUUUUUUCCAGCUAUGUGUAAUUUAUUUUCAUGUGACUAAAGCUGCUAGACGUACAGAAGUUCAGCUUAGAAAUAUUAAUCAUUAAGAUUUAAGGGACCUAAAUCUUCCUUUGAGCUGUUUUUUUUUUUCUUCUCAGCAAACAUCACACUGCUGGAAACCGUUCUGCGAUCAUUUUCAAACUUUGAAGUUGUUAGUGAAUUCCUGUAGUUUGAGACAGCCUUAAAGUGAUGUCGCAAUACUUUGUUUCUGUUCAGUCAUAGAUGAUUAUAUAAAAGCGUCAUUUUAUUUUGAAAACCUACUUCUGCCACCAGGUACAUUAAUGUAAUAACUAUAAAUUACAUUCCUUCAGAAGAUGUAUUCUCUGUUACCCAUAAACACACAAUGUUAGUGACUUUUUUCGGCAAAGUCUUGACGCAGUGAGCCAGAUACAUGGCAGUGGAGGUGACUUAUUUUAAGCAGUAGGUGUUGGGCACCCCAGACAAGUGGAAUCCUUUUUUCCCAGAAAAGAAGUGCUGUCCUAUAUAUACACCAAGUUUCUCCAUGAAAUAUUUAUUUUCAUAAAACAGAUAAGGCAGAAAAAGAAUGAUUCCCUGAAAUGAUAAAAGGGGUUAUUUCCAUUUACUAAACAAAAACUAAACCACAAUCAGUGAACAUCACACUUUAGCUGCAGGUAACUCCACAUUUAACAAAUCCAUAGUGUUCAGAACCAUCUAAAACUGGUGGAGCUUCAGGUUGCGCUGUAAAAAACAUUCUUUUCAUGCAGCCACCAACCCAAGUGUGUCUGAACCAUAAUGCACAAUUUUGCCUCAUAGUAAAAAGAAAUUAAUAAUUUCGAAUGAAUAAACCCUGCAGUCACACAUUUGUUCUUCUGUCUGUUUAACUUGUCAAAUUUAAUGGAAAAAAAUCAUUAAUACAGAACCAGGUUAUCUACUGUAUAUGUAAAAUAGAAGCAGGAAGACUUAAUACAAGACUAUAAAUGACCGUAACGCUAAUGAAAUAGGAGUUGGUGAUCUGUUGGCUCCAUCAUUAAAACAUUUUUUUGACUCAAUAAAUUGACAGUUUUUGACAGAAAUGCUGUAUCUGAGCCACAGGAACACAGAGGUAAAAAAAAAAGAGAUUCUCAUGAAAUAUCACAAAUUUACUGACAUGCAAUCACAAUGGCAGAUGAAACUAGAUGUGAUGCAGUUGAGCAAUAACUCACAAACUUUGCACUGUUUGUGUGUUUUCGUCCCUCCUAUGUUACGUCAACAUAGGAGGGAGGUAAAAUGUUUCAAUAAGUAACCACUACAUGGUUUAGGGUUGAAAGCAGAGCAGGCUAGGUCUCCCUCUAUUUGUACUGUUUUUCCCUGCAGCACUUCUGACACAAACACAUGGAAAUUCAGAUUAGAAUUUACCCAUCUUUUCUUCUUCGGAGACAAACGCCUCUCUGUCCAAGUCCUUGAUUUGAUCUGGUUAUUCCCAUAGCAUCCAAAUCCAAACGUGCUUAUCACACACACACACAUCAUCCAUGGUCACCUCGUCCAGUAAAGACUAAUUUCCUUCAAAGCCAGCUUUGUUUCCCUUUUGGAAGAAGAUCGCUGUACAACAAUCACAGUUGUGAGGCAGGUUGCUGUGUCGUUCUCUUGUUGGGUUUUGAGUGUCUGUACAUAAUAUGUGCCCACAAUUCUGUGUCUUGAUAUAUAUUUACUUUUAUUAGUAACAUGCCAAACUUUAAUCUAUGAAAAAAGAAGAUAUUUAUACUGUAUUGUUGCCAUGUCACUCUAAUACCAACUCAUAACAUGUAUUUUUAAAUAACAGAUAUCUAGAGUGCAUUAGAUAUUCAUGUAACAAAUUCAUAUGACAUGCGUUUCCCUGACAUGUGACAGUGAAAAUUAAUAAAAUAUGAGCAUUAAGGAAUGUAUGGUUUGUCUUUCUCACCAAAUACCUUUUGAAUUAACACAAAUGUGAAGCACUUAAAACACAUUUGCUUGUAUUUUAGUCAAAACAAAUUAAUUUUUGAUGAAAAUUGCAUCUUCGCCUUUAUUUUUGAUACAUCUGACUUGCACUAUGUUUUAAUAAGAUAGCAUUUGCCUUCUUUCUUGACUCCUGGAACAGAGGGGUUGUAGCGCCAUCUGCUGGCCAAACCUAAGUCCCCUGUCAGGAAUAAAGCAAAGCCUUUGCAGUCUCUUCUGUCUUCCUCAGUUUUAUCAAAAUGGUUCAAGAAUGUUGUUUUAUACCUUCUUUGUUCAUCGCUUGCCAGCAAUGAGCCCAAAUUGCAUAAGCAAAGACAAUUUUAUCUUCCCACUUAUACGUUUGUCUUGGAAAAAAAAAAAA